AUGUGGUAUUUGGAGACAUCUGUUCCGGGAACACCAUCUCGCGUUCAGUUAGUGCGAGCCAGUGUUGCAGGACUUGAGGUAUCGUGGAGUUCUCUCCCAACUGCCGAAGCAUAUCUACUUCAACUGCAUAAGUAUGACUCCAACGUGCCUGUUCACAAAAUACUGGAGGACGAUGGUAUGACCUAA